AUGGUAAGCUUUAUAGACAUCCUCUAUUGGGAUGCUUUUGAGAGGCUUUGCCUGUACUUGAAUGACCUCAAAGCUUUUCAAGGAUCAUUUGUGAAAUUUUCAGACGAACAAGUGCAAGUGAAGGCUUAUAUAUCACUAAAGACCACAUUUGGAUUAGAGGAAAAUGCCAAGAAGAUUAAGGUAAGGUACCUUGUUAUAGAGUUAUAUUUACUUAGAAAAAUGGAUCAUUUACUUGAGAGUCCUAUUGAAAGUUUUGGGAAUGAAACUGAUCCCAAUGAGCCAAGGAAUAAUGGUUCAGUAAGAAAGGAGAAUGAAGGAAAUGAAGUAAAAAAAGCAAAAAGAGUUGAUAAGAUCCCUAAGAAUGAUAUUGAUCUAAAGAGCUCAAAAUAUAGGGGUGUUAUCAAAUCCAAUAAUAAUCGGUAUGAAGCAUUUGUUUGGGAAAAUAACACGAGAAAAGGAGGGUGGGGAAAGACAGGGGAAUUUGAAACUGAAAUUGAAGCUGCCAAAGCUCAUGAUUUAUUUGCUAUUGAGAAAUGGGGAGAAUCUACUAUUACAAAUUUUCCACUGGAUAUAUCCAUCUCUUAUUUGUUGUCUCUUACGACUGAGAAUUCGACCCUUCGCAUUACCAAGGUUAACUGGGCUCCUCAUAAACAAGGGGAAAGAGUCAAUGGUGAUAAAUGGGAAGCAAGAUUGGAAAUGGGAAACGGGAGGCCAGGCCAUUACUUGGGAAUAUUUGACACUGAGGAAAAAGCUGCUAGAGCAUAUGAUGCAGCAGCAAAAAGAUUGAUUGAAGAUGAUGCAUAUACUAAUUUUUGUCAUGAUAAUGGUAAUGAAGAUAAUUUAGAAAACAAGGAGAGUAAAAAUACAGUUUCAAAUCAACAAGCUUUUGUUUCAAGUUCUUCAAUGUCGAAGGAACAAGCCAUAGUUAUGGAUGAUAAUGAUGCUUAUCAACACAAUGACGAAUACCAAAAUCAUAAAGCACUGCUGCAUCAACAUGAUGACAUCGACCCAUCAGCUCCGAUUGUGCUAUAUAAUUUCAUUUAUAAUUCGUUUUAUGUAGUUGGAAAAGAUGGAAUAAUCAAUUCGGGAGACUCUUCAAACCAAGGAGCAGAAGAUAAUGGUAAUGUUAAUUCACUCCAAGAUGCGAGUGAUAAUGAAUAG